AUGAAGUUCUAUAAGGAAAUAAGUGCGGAUGCGGAGAACUGUGAAACAAUUUCACGGGAAAUGGUUGAAAUAAUCCAAAGAAUUUGGCAAAGUAGCGGUAUACAACUCGUUUACAAAAGGCGUUUCAAUUAUCAACUGCUUGACAACGCCAAAUUUUUUUUGGACAGCCUCGAAAGAAUUACGGCACCAAAUUACUGUCCAACAACACAGGAUAUUUUGCAAUGUCGAUUCCGGACAACAGGCAUUCAUGAAAUCAAUUUUAUCUAUAAGAAGCUUGAUUUCAAGAUGGUAGACGUAGGAGGUCAACGGUCGGAAAGACGAAAGUGGAUCCACUGUUUUGAUAACGUUAACAUGGUGCUGUUUGUCGUGGCAAUGAGCGAGUUCGAUCAAGCUGAUCCAGAAGAUGAAACACAGAAUCGUAUGAUACAAAGUCAGCAAAUCUUUAAAACGGUUGUGCAAAGUGAUUAUUUCAAAAAUUCCUCGAUCGUGUUAUUUUUAAAUAAAUUCGAUAUCUUUCAAGAGAAAAUCAAAUACUCCUCAUUGAAAAAGUGCUGGCCUGAAUACAACGGUUCGAUUUUUACGUUUUAUUUUCUUUUUUUUUUGACACAGAAACAUAUUUUCAACGGCCACGCCUGCUUAUACUUUUUUAUGUGCGUAUUGACGAAAAUCCAAACGCAAACAUAUUAACA